AUGUCCGCGUCUCGUCGCAAGGCUCAUUUUGAGUUGUGGGUCAUAGGGCGGGCAGCUUUAUCUGAUCAAGGGCCGGGGCACAAGGGUCCUAGUACUAUCCAGGUGCGAAGAAGCCCGGAGGUGACUGCAAUGAGCAGAAAUCUCACUCACCGGCCUAAACGACGAGCAAACACUCGAACAUCGGCCAUAGGAGUACUCCGGGAUAUAAACCAGGGCAACAAAAGUGGAGCAUACGGCGAUGCCGCCCGUUUUCAUUUCGUGGAAGUCCCCGGCAGAGGAAAGGGCUCAGAAACUAAUCGAGCUCCGUUUGAUCUCCCAGAAGCGGAAGCUGAAUCAGUUGCAGGCUAUAAUGUAGAAUAUGCGCGGGAUGCGAUCCUUAAUAGUUCACUGUUGGCGGAAGCCAAUGUCCCGGGGUCCCGGGGACUCAUUCUGACUGAAACAAGGGGCGGGUCUUUACCAACUUUUCAAUCUGCUAUUUUAGGGAAGCCAAAAAACGUGAGCGCCUAG